CGCUGCGGCUAGCUUGAGGCACGCUAGCGAGGGAAAAAAAAGCACACAAUCACUUGUGAAGGACGGAAAGAAACGCCACCGUUGUCCGGAACAUUUCCCCCCCCCCGCCUUCCGUACCUGCUCGGCGCCAUAAGAUUAAAAAAAAGCAGCAGGCUGCUGGGGAGUGAUCCAUACAUUCGCGGGGCAGAGGGAAGGUUUCCGUCCAGCGUCUGAUCCGUCCGAGGCUUCGCUGAGAACCACUAGCAGAGUCUGUGGCAGGCGUCGGGACCCUCGGCCAUGUCAGGGCAGAGGAGAGGAGCUGCGGCGCGGCAGCCCAAGUGUGCCUUCUGCAAAAGCAACCGGGACAAGGAGUGCGGCCAGCUGCUGCUGUCUGACAGCCAGAAGGUGGCAGCCCACCAUAAGUGCAUGCUCUUCUCUUCGGCUCUGGUUACAUCACACUCGGACAGCGAGAACAUCGGAGGAUUUUCCGUCGAUGAUGUAAAGAAGGAGAUCAAGAGGGGUAGCAAACUGAUGUGCUCUUCAUGUCACCGACCGGGCGCCACCAUUGGCUGUGAAGUCAAGACGUGCCGGAGGACGUAUCACUAUUAUUGCGCAGUGAAGGAUAAGGCCCAGAUCAAAGAGAACCCGUCGCAGGGCAUUUAUCUCAUUUACUGCCGCAAACAUCGGGAUGCAUCUCAGGAAGAAAUCCAAGAUGAAGAGGAAGGCGUGGCCAACGACUCGGACUCCUCGCCUCCGCAGAGUCGAGGCAGGGGGAGAUUUGAGAAGAGCAGAGCCAAGGUGGCGUCCCGUGGCCAGUCGGAAGAAACCCGCUCCACCUCCUCCUCGCAGGCUGCAGACGAGGAGAGCUCCUCCCAUCGGGACAGGUCCCCACUUCGCGCCAGCCCUGGGGACGGUGGCCAGCGCUGCGGCUUCUGCCACGCAGGCGAGGAGGAAAACGAAACACGAGGCGUGCUGCACACAGAUAACUCCAAGAAAGUGGCGGCACACUACAAGUGCAUGCUUUUCUCCUCGGGGACGGUGCAGCUCACAACUACGUCGCGGGCUGAAUUUGGCAACUUUGAUGUAAAAACAGUCAUCCAGGAAAUCAAGAGAGGCAAAAGAAUGAAAUGCACGCUGUGCAGUCAGCUGGGUGCUACUAUUGGGUGUGAAAUUAAAGCCUGUGUGAAGACCUACCACUAUCAUUGUGGGCUGCAGGACAAGGCCAAGUACAUAGAAAACAUGGCCCGCGGCAUUUACAAACUCUACUGCAAGAACCACAGUGGGAACGAGGAGAGGGAUGAGGAGGACGAGGAGAGGGAGAACCGCAGUAGAGCGAGGGCGGCCGUCGACCACGGAGGAACACCGUCGACGCAACUAAACGGCAACUAGGUCUGUGAUGUGGAGGGAGCCUGAAGAAAUGGGAGACAUGUUUUUAUACUAAAUCUUAGCCCACUCACACAGUCAUGGUCCCCCCCCCCUGCCCCCCCACCUAACCGGUACAUGGACAUAAUGUUCCAGCGUGCACCAGAUGUCGUCUUUAUGGGAGUCUUUUGGACUUGGCCGGGUCCUUUUCUCAGAUUAGUGUUACUCUGUUGAACAGCGGACCUUUGCAGCACGAUUAAAAGCAGCGGCUAAUCUUUCUCCAGAUCCAUCGCCGGGUGCAGAUUAAUGCCAUUAGUAUGAACAGAUGGACUGAUCUGAUUGUCACUUACUGCCC